GCUCUUUCGACAUUUUGCAUUUAUCGUUUGCUCCGUGGUUUUGUACAAAGCGGGCGGCAGUUUAAGUCGGCGAACGUGACGAGCCAGAAGACGUCAACAACGGGCUGAGCGUGUUUUUUUUUCUGUGAAAGCGAAACAAAUCGAGUUUUGUUGUGUGAAAUUAACAAACUCAUUACGUUCCCCAUACUUAAAUAAUCAAAUACAACAAAAAUGAGCGGAAAAGCUGAUAUCGCACUCAUUGGCCUGGCCGUAAUGGGCCAAAAUCUAAUUCUCAAUAUGGACGAGAAGGGCUUUGUGGUCUGUGCAUAUAAUCGCACUGUGUCGAAGGUCAACGAUUUUCUAAGCAACGAGGCCAAAGGCACAAAAGUGAUUGGUGCCGAUUCAUUGAAGGACAUGGUCGACAAGCUGAAAUCGCCACGCAAAGUAAUGAUGCUAGUCAAGGCUGGCAGUGCAGUCGAUGAUUUCAUAGAACAGCUGGUGCCGCUGUUAUCGCCGGGCGACGUCAUUAUCGAUGGUGGCAACUCAGAGUAUCAGGACACAAGUCGUCGCUGCGAUGAGCUGGAGAAGCUGGGUCUUCUCUUUGUUGGCUCCGGCGUGAGCGGCGGCGAGGAGGGAGCUCGCCAUGGACCAUCACUGAUGCCGGGCGGACAUGCGGCCGCUUGGCCAAUUAUCCAGCCCAUCUUUCAGGCCAUCUGUGCCAAGGCCGAUGGCGAGCCAUGCUGCGAGUGGGUGGGCGAUGGAGGCGCCGGUCACUUUGUCAAGAUGGUGCACAAUGGCAUCGAGUACGGAGACAUGCAGUUGAUCUGUGAGGCAUAUCAUAUAAUGCAGACUUUGGGUCUGACGCCGCCACAAAUGUCCGAUGUGUUUGGCCAGUGGAACGGUGCCGAGCUGGACUCGUUCCUCAUCGAGAUCACACGUGAUAUUCUCAAGUACAAGGAUAACAAGGGACAUCUGCUGGAGCGCAUACGCGACACGGCGGGACAAAAGGGCACCGGCAAAUGGACGGCAAUUGCGGCACUGCAAUAUGGCGUUCCCGUCACGCUCAUUGGCGAGGCCGUCUUCUCCCGCUGCCUGUCCGCCCUCAAGGAUGAACGCGUCCAUGCCAACAGUGUGCUGAAGGGACCCGGCUGCAAACCACGCAUCACCGACACCACCAAGUUCCUCAAUGACAUCAAACAUGCCCUGUACUGUGCCAAGAUUGUCAGCUAUGCCCAGGGAUUCAUGCUGAUGCGCGAGGCGGCCAAAGAGAACAAGUGGCGUUUAAAUUAUGGCGGCAUUGCAUUGAUGUGGCGCGGCGGUUGCAUCAUUCGCAGUGUGUUCCUGGGCAACAUCAAGGAUGCGUACACCCGUCAGCCGACGCUCUCCAAUCUCCUGCUGGAUGACUUUUUCAAGCGGGCCAUUGAACAGGGACAGGAGUCGUGGCGUCAUGUGGUGGCCAAUGCCUUCUGCUGGGGCAUCCCUGUGCCCGCUCUAUCGACGGCUCUCAGCUUCUACGAUGGCUAUCGGACGGCCAAGUUGCCGGCAAAUCUGUUGCAGGCACAGCGCGAUUACUUUGGCGCCCACACCUACGAACUGUUGGGGGAGGAGGGCAAAUUCCAGCACACCAACUGGACGGGUACCGGCGGCAAUGUCUCUGCCAGCACCUACCAGGCAUAGGAUUCAACUCACCACAACUCAACUCACAUUCCAUGUGAAUCCUUUCUUUUCUUUUUGUUUGUUUGGUUUUAUCGUGUACUUUUUAGAGUAAGCAGAAUAUAUACAUAAUUAAAAUGUAUACGAGUAUACAUAUAAAUUCAUUGUAAUCAUUAAUAUAUUA